CCCGUUGCUUGCAUAUACGUCGCAUAUUUAUUUGCCACAAGGUCUCUCUGUGCUAGGAAUAUCUCGGACUGGCAAACUGACAAUGGGAACAAUCAUCAUCACAGGUGCAAAUGGCUCGUUGGGUCUUGCAGCCGUUCAUCAACUCUUUUCAACGCAUCCCACAAGCUACGUCAUUCUUACAGUUAGAGACGACUCCGACCAAGACAGCAACACGGAAAAGCUUCGAAAGAUUGUCCGUGAUCAUUCUCAAGAUGCACAUGCAUCUAUCCGCAAACUUGACCUCUCCUCGCUCGCAGCUGUCCGUCAAUUCACAGCAACGAUCAACUCCGAGAUUGCAACCAAGAAAAUUCCACCUCUUGCGACCGUCAUCUGCAACGCUAUGAGCUGGACGAUAAAUGGUGGUAUUAAAUUGUCAUUGGAUGGUUACGAACAAUCCAUGGCUGUUAACCAUAUUGCUCAUUUUGCGAUGGUGCUGCAGCUUCUUGGAUCGUUCGAUCACGCAGAAGGACGAAUUGUUUUCUUAUCUAGCGAUAGUCACCAGAAGUCAGCUUUGCAAAGAUAUCCUACCGUAUUGCCUGCUGAUCUUGAAUAUCUUACGCAUCCUCUACCGGACAAAGAAGAAGAGGUCAUCGACCGUGGAUUUCAAAGAUACGGUUUGUCGAAGCUGGUGAUAGUGAUGACGAUGUUUGAAAUGAAUAGAAAACUCCGAAAUAGCAAGGAUUUGAAGGGUAUAUCGGCGCUUGCAGUGGAUCCCGGUGCCCUCCUGGACUCUCGAGCGCUCAAUAGCGCAGACAUACCCCGGAUGUGGUCCAUCCAGGUAUACAUUGCAAACAUAUUCCAGCCUUUGCUUAGAUGGCUGGACCCUAGUCUCCGAAGGUGUGCAGAUGCGGCAAAGGACGUGAUUGAUUUAGCAGUUGGAUCCCAAUAUGUGGGCCAAGAUGGAUACUAUGUCAUGGGCAAGAAGGCAGAAAGCUCCAAUGCAAGUAGGGAUGAAGGCAUGCAGAGACUACUGUGGGAAAAGAGUCUAAUGUGGUCUCGAAUUGGUCAGGAAGACACGGUGUUGACUCUUUAGUACAAUGACGCCCAGUAGGAUAGGAGCACAUGUUGACAUUCUUCUUCCAUCAACAAAGCCUAC